AUGAUUCAUGGUUCUUGUGGUGCGUUAAAUCCAUCGAGUAGGUGUACUAGAAAGAAAGGGUACUGCAAGUUUAAGUAUCCAAGAGAGUUUGCUGAACAAACAAGCAAGGGAAAAAAUUCAUAUCCAAUUUAUAAAAGACGAAAUACCGGAAAGAGGGUACAAAUUAGACAACAUGUAAUUGAUAAUUCAUGGGUUGUUCCUUAUAAUCCAUCUUUACUUUGUAAAUUUAGCUGUCAUAUAAAUGUAGAGAUUUGUUCAGAUAUAAAAGUUAUCAAAUACAUUUAUAAGUAUAUCUGCAAAGGACAUGAUAAAAUUGCGUUUAAUGUACAUUCGAAUCAUACAAAUAUAGAAAUAGAUGAAACAAAAGAAUAUCAAUCUGCUAGAUGGGUAUCACCGCCAGAAGCUACAUGGUGUAUAUUUGCUUUCCAUAUAAGUGAAAUGAUUCCAAGUGUAUAUCAUCUUCAAGUACAUUUAGAAAGACAACAAUUUGUUUCCUUCAAAAGUACUGAUAACAUUACUAAAAUUCUAAAUAAUCCUACAAUCGGGAAAACAAUGUUGACAGAAUUCUUCUUGAUGAAUGCUGAAGAUGAAGAUGCUAAAAACCUUAAUUUACUAUAUCGAGAAUUUCCAGAAUACUUUGUGUGGUCAACAGAUAAAACAUGGUCCCGUCGCAAACAAGGAAAAGUUAUUGGUCGAGUCGUAACAUGUCAUCCAACAGAAGGAGAAAGAUAUUAUCUUAGACUUCUACUAAUGAAUGUUAGAGGACCAAAAUCUUAUCAAGAUUUGCGAACUGUAAAUAGAAUAUUAUACAAUACAUUUCGAGAAUCAGCUGAAAAAAAGAGGAUUGUUACUUUGCGAUAA